UGUGAGAGAGAGAGAGAGAGAGAGAGAGAGCGCACUCCAAAAAGGCAAUAUGACAGCCAGAAGGGAGAGGCACGGUUUAUAUAAAACCCAGUUUGGCACAAUCCAUGGAUUUCUUCCUAAGAAAAAGUUAUGAAACUUUUUGCAAACUUUUCAUUGGCUCAAAAGCACAACAGAGUGGAAAAUCAGCAGCUUGAUCUGUGUGGAGCUGAAUCCAAUAUGGUCCCCUUGCAAAACGUGCUGGGAAGAAUGAGGCUGUCCAGAGGCGCCUGUUGCCUAUUCCUUGCGGUCCUGCUGAGCCAUCUACUCUGCGAGUCAUCCUGUGGCAACAACCCCCGCUACGAGAAGUUCCUGAGCCAGCACCGAGACGAGCCCAGGAGCCGCUUCCACGGCCGAUACUGCAACACCCUCAUGGGCAGCCGUGGCCUGACCAAACCCGAGUGCAAGGAGGUGAACACUUUCAUCCACGGCUCCAAGCGGCAGAUCCGGGCCGUGUGCGCCGAAGGAGGGCUUCCCUCGGGGGAGCUGCGGAAGAGCCGGCAGCAUUUCAGAGUCACCACCUGCACGCUCCGUGGGGGCUCCACCCGCCCACCGUGCGAAUACAAGGAGAACAUUUCGCCCAGGUACAUCAUCAUUGGCUGCGAAGGCGGCUGGCCGGUGCACUAUGACGAAAGCCAGAUUGUGACCUCCGUUUGAAGCACCAUUGCUAGACCUGAAAGGCAUCUCUCUUCCCUGUGUAUUCAUCAAAUUCUGUAUCCCAGUAUCCCAGUCAAAACAAAGCCCAAGUACAUGAAAUAGCUUUGUUCACAUUAAUCCAUCGAAACCUUACUUGCCUCGACUUUUCCUUCCCUUUUGAUUUCUUACCACCCCCAUUCUCAAAUAGAUUGUAAGCUCACUGGGGCAAGGACCCGCCUUUAAUGUUUGUUCAUCAUGUGGACUCAAGGUUUAAAUAUGGGUAUAAAUCAUAUUUCUUAAAGGUAUGACAGUCUCUACCAUGUCUUCAAUUGUCCAAGGGAGCCUAGCACCUGGGUGAAUGCCUGGAACCCCCUGGGAAUCCCCUUCCUACAGCUCAGCACAGAGAGAGUGAGUGUGCUUGAGUAUGCAUGAAGGUCAUUUUUAAAUUCAAACUACGUUGCUGGAAUACAUGGUCUGUUUUUUUUUUUAAUUUAAAAAUGGCACUUUAUUUAUACACUUUAUGAAAAUUACAAAGACAAAUCAAGAAAAAAAUACAAAGAAGCAAAAAAAGAAUUUUCACAAAGCAUAUAAAGAAAAAAACAUACAAACAACAAAGGGAAAAAACCAUACAAAAAACAAAUAUACAAACAAUUUUUUAAAAUGGACUUCCAAUUAUUUGAACAUCGCUUUCUUUUAUCAAAUUUUAUUUUAUCCUACUUAUCUCAUCUUACUUAGUUUAUUAUAGAUUUCCUUCUUAUUUACCUAAUAUCAGCAUAUAGAUCAGGGGUCAGCAAACUUUUUCAGCAGGGGGCCGGUCCACUGUCCCUCAGACCUUGUGGGGAGCCGGACUAUAUUUUGGAAAAAAAUAUGAACGAAUUCCUAUGCCCCACAAAUAACCCAGAGAUGCAUUUUAAAUAAAAAAAAACCACAUUCUACUCAUGAAAAAACAUGUUGAUUCCUGGACCGCCUGAGGGCCGGAUUUAGAAGGCUAUUGGGCUGCAUCCGGCCCCCGGGCCUUAGUUUGGGGACCCUGAUAUAGAUAUACCAUAUUUUCCUCUAACCUCUUCGUUAAAAAAAUAUAUUUUUUCUCUUAUGUUCUGUAUACAUUUCAAUCAAAGCAUAUCACCAAAUUUGUAUUUACAUUUUCUUUGAUUAAAUAAUUUUCUACAUAUUUCCAUUCUGCUUUACAUUUUUCUUUCGAUAUUAUUUCUUGUUAAGCAUGACACCAGAUAAUGUUCCCAAAGAUAGGAGAAAUAUAUUGUUAUAUGCCUGUGCAGCGGUCCGCCUUCUUAUAGCAAAAAAACUGGAAAGGAGAGAGGGUACCAACGAUUCAUGAGUGGCGAGUAAAACUAGUAGAAUUUAUGAAUUUGGCCAAGAUGACAGCGGUGGUUAGAAAUACAUGGUCUGUUUAACUAGACUGGUUGUUGGAUUAUUAAAAAGAAAUUCAUUUAACUUAUAAUGUUAUUGCUGAAAUAAAAA